AUGCCACAUAAGAACAAGCCAAGAGGCAAGCGAGGUGGCGGCCCCUCUAAUGGUGGUCGUUCACGAUGGAACGCUCAGAAUUCAAAGUUCGGUCCUUCUGCCUCUUCGAACAGCCCAUUCGCACCUGCCGUCAGCGCAGGUGCAGCAUUUCGUGGCCACCAUACCCUUGCAGAUGAGGCAAGGAACACUACCAAGCGGCCUCGUGGUAUGUUCGGUCUGGAUGCAAAGCUCCGCCACAGGCCAGUCGUCUUUGUCAGUGCUGGCCUCAUGGACCCCUUAAAGGAAUUCGAGGUGAAGAAGGACUCUCUCGAGCCAAGAAAAAAGGCCCAGUCACAGAUUGAGCGACAUGUUCUGCCCGCCGUCGAUACACGGCCCGAUUUGGUUGCUAGUACAGAGGUCAAGUCACAGAGCCAGGUGCACACACCCCUGGAGAUGGAAUUGGAACCUUCAACACCUCCUGAGCUCUUCGUUCUGGACACCAUCGGUGACAAGUCAUUGCGACCUGCAAAACUGGCAAAUCUGCCGAUACUGCCCCGUCAAGAGUCGGAUCAUGAUUCCGACUCAAGCGAGGAGGUCAUCCUGUUCAGGGGUCGCGAUCCUGCACUACGCUCGGCCGCAGAAUCGCAACGCGCCUCUCCCAGGCCAAAGGAAACAAGCGAUACCAUUCAGAUGCGCGAGAUGGAUCUUGAGAUCAAGGUUGUGGAAAAGACCAUCGACCAGUCCACUACAGUUGCCCAGCCGGCAAUUGUCACUAAAGAGUCUGUUGCCGAGACUACACAUCAGGAGACGGAGUAUUCUGCCAUUGCAGGGGUGCCGCUUCCCCAAGCCCAAGCUCCAGCUCCAGCUCCAGCUCCAGCUGAGGAUGCGGAUAGUUCCCAUCUCGAUGCCCUGUUAGACGGAACACUGUCCGAUGAAGAAGCUGCGCUGAUUGCCGAUUACAUGGCGAACAUGGACGACGACGACAAUGACGAAAGCGAGGCUCAUCCUGGACUUGGUUCUCAUGCUUUCCAGAUUCUCAGAGAUCUCGGUGGUACCGAUAGUGACGCUGUGCCGGAGCCCACUACGGAGGACGACAGUGACGAAGCUGACUCGGGCGAGGAUGAUGGAGCGGCCGAGAACAGCGAGUUGACAGAUGCGCAGCGCCAGAGAAUCGAAAAGCAAGAUGCGCGUAUGGCGAGAUUGCUUGCUAAGCAGGAAGAGCUUGGCUUUGGAGGCGACAACAUUGUGCUCUACGAUGACUCAGACUCAGACGACCAAGAUGACUGGCAAAUUGCUCCCAAGGUGACGCCACGCCGUAAGAAGAAGGGCUCCACCAAGCAAGCCAAGAUCAUCCAAAAGAAGGGCCAGUUUCCAAGUGCGACCGCAAUGGCCGAUGCUUUUGACCAUCUCGACCUCAUGAACUGGCAUAGAGCCACCUCAAACAGCAAGUCCCGCCCACCCGUGCAUUCAGACUCUGAGCUCGAGGAGGCCAUGGAGAUUGCCUUCAACAAGGACCGUCUCAAGAAGGCGGAGAAGAAGAGGCAAAGGGAGGCGCUCCGAGCACAGGGCUUGCUGGGAAAGAACGUAAAACCCGACGACCUCCGUGUGAAAUAUCUAGUGGGCAUGAGCAAGGACGAACUUGUAUUUGAGUUGGAGCAGUUCCUUAUUGGUGAAGAUGAGCAGAUCACCUUUCCUCCACUCGACAAGCAGGCAAGGAAAUGCCUCCAUACUGUCGCGGGUCACCUCAAGAUCAAGUCGCAGUCAUCAGGUUCAGGCGACAAUCGGCAUCCCGUCCUCUUCCGCACUGGUCGUACGCUGGCCUACGAAGAGCGAUCCUUCGAGUCCAUGGUGAACAGGGUUAUCCGCCGCCAGUAUUUCCCACGCGUCGAUGUAGACACGGAGGUGGCGAAGGCGCAUAGGUCCGGUCUCCGCAAGGACACCAGUGGCUCGAAGCGUCAGGACAAUGCGAUCAGCUACCGCGAGGGAGAGAUCGUCGGCCAGCACGCCCGUGAGUUGGCUGCAGAGAACAAGGGCAGAAUGUUGCUCGAGAAAAUGGGCUGGUCCAAGGGCAUGGCACUUGGUACACUAGACAACAAGGGCAUCAUGGUACCGGUCACGCAUGUCAUGAAGAAGAGCAAGCUGGGCUUGGGUGAUGCUGGACAGUGA